AUGAAGGUCUUGCCAAGAAAGGAGCAAAACUCCCUGGGCCAGGGCUCGCACAUACUCCCAGCCCAGAUCGAGGACGUCCUCCCCGUCAAUCUGUCCAUCACUGCCACGGAUGAAGAGAGAGCCAGCUUGCUCGAGUCCAUCCUCUCACAGCCCACCAUUCCUGGCAUCGACCUCCAGACGAAUGAGUUCAGAGGAGGCCCGGACGCCGUAUCCAAGGAGCAGUUCAGGAAGGGGCUGCUGGCCGAGCUGCGAAAGGGCUGGACCAAUGCGGCUACCGAGGCUCGGUUCAUCAGGCUCGUCGAGCUGCUACAGCGAGAUGGAUGUGCCGUCUUUGCUGGUCUGAUUGACGUUCCGGCCUUCCUCCAGCUCAUUGAGCAGUUCACCAAGACCAUGAGCGAUUCAGGGACUCAUGCCUUCUUGCACUCCUUUGCCAACCUCAUCGACCACCCUGACAUCCUCCUCAACUCCGAAUUCAACGACGCCAUCAUCCACCCUCUGCUGGUUGCCCUGCUUUCGUACGUCAUGGGCGGUCCCAUCAGAAUAACUGAUGCCCGCGGCAAAGACACGCAGCCAAUCUCCGUCAAUGCGCAGGACAACAUGCUGCACAUUGACAACACUCCCUUCCGAGAGGAGUACAAGAUCCUGCUCGGCUGGGAAAAGGGCCAAGUCAAGGGUCCCACCGGCCAGAACUUCACAUUCCUCCCCGGGACGCACAAGGGUAACCGCCUCAUCAACGUAGACGAGCGGUCUCAGCCUUGGUCGACUGAGAACAGCAGCCUGUUCAUCACCGACGACAGCCUGGAAAGCGUCCUCGAGUUCCAGAAGAACAUCACUGGAAACCCUCCUAAGAUUGUAGAGCUAGAGUAUCCAGAGCAGCCCGUUACGGUGGUUUUCAACGCCGGCUCGCUGGUCCACCACCGCUAUCGCAACAACAACGGGAGCACGCGCAGCUGUGUCAUCACUGCCUUUCAUCUUGCGUCAGACCACCCAGGAGCUCUCCUCGCUUCAAAGGCGAACGAAACGCCUGAGACCAUUGCGGACGCCCUUCUAGGCUUCCAGGACGGAAACCAGGUAGAGACGUUCUACUCCCUGGUCCGUGGCAGAGCCUCAGCCAUUGAGUCCAAGAUUGGAGACAUUCUCGACGAAAGCCACCAGUCGACUCUUGUCGACACGUGCAAUCUGACACUCUCUGGCGAGCGACUCACUCGCUGGAGAGAAAUCACUCUCCACGCCCCGUCCGCAACAGAGCUCAAGUUCGAGGGCAGCAACUACCUCUCCUUUGCGGGCGACGCCAUCCCCCGCGAUCUCCUCAUUGAGAAACUCGCCUCCGCCAUGGCCUACGACAAGCACGGCCUGCUGGAUCUCAUCAUCUACAUGGACGGCCACGAGGAGAUCCGCAAGCCCGCUCGCAAGAGCGUGUGGACCAUGUCCAAGGAUAAGAUUUCCACCAUCCUCUCUGCGUGGCUGCCCGCUGUUGAAGGCUACAAGUUCACCAUCGCCGACGUGAAGAGUCCCGUGGUGCUCCAGCGCAAGGCCUACAAGGUCGCUCAGCUAAUCAGGGAGAGCUUUCCCGAGAUUGACUUUGACAAGAAGACGGAUUUGGGAAUGAGCAAGGAGGAGCAGCAGCUCUUUUCGGCGCAGCAGCUGAUUCAUGACUUGGGCGAGUCGAUUUCGAGGUGUGAGAAGAUUGAGACGUACAUUACCACCAAUCUGUUUCUUUUCUUCAUCAUUGAUCAGAUUAUUCCUUCUUUUGACUGGGUCUUGAGGCAGAGGGUCAUUGCGACGUGUGCUAUUUUCUUGAGGGCGUAUAUUGCUUGCGUGCUGGUGGUUGAGAAGAACCACGGGAUCUGA